AUGCCUCCCAAAUCCAUUUUCCGCCAGCCCGGCGCGCAGCACUUUCAGGUUGUUCACCGCUCGCAGCGCGACCCCCUCAUUCAUGACCCAGAAGCCAGCAAGCAAGUGCUGAAGGCGGUAGUGAGAGGUAACCUCGCAAAGGGAAAAUCCAGAACAGAGCUCGAACAGCUCAUUGCGCCCGCCGAUCUUGUCCGCGACAGGCAAAGGCCAAACAUAGGAGAAGCUGCCGCCUACGGAGUCUACUAUGACGACACCGAAUACGACUACAUGCAACAUCUCAAGCCGGUUGGAAUGCAGGAGGAUGGCGUCGACAGUAUAUGGCUUGAAGCACCGGAGACGAAAUCGAAGGGAAAGGCGAAGGCGAAAGACGUCUCAAGUCUGCUCAGGCUUCCGGAAGACAUCCUACCCUCCAAGACGGAGCUACCCAGGAACUAUGAAGCUCAACAGAACAUCCCUUCGUCUAUCUCCGGCUUCCAGCCAGAUAUGGACCCCCAUCUGCGACAGGCGUUGGAAGCUCUAGAGGACGACGCCUUCGUGGAUGACGAUCUGGAAGACGACUUCUUUGGAGAAUUAGUCGCCGAUGGUGAGCGCGGUGAGGAUGACAACGUGCACUUUGAGUUCCGUGAAGAUGUAUGUGAAAAUGAUGUCGGAGGUGCGCAGAGCGGAAGGGCAGAGGAAGGGGAAGACGAGUCCUGGGAAGUUCGAUUCGCCAAAUUCAAGCAGGAGCGAAAAACAUCGCAUGACGGCACAGAAGGAUCUGAGUUCGACGAGUACUCGGAAGGCGAAGACACAGUGGGCACACUUCCUGCAAUGCCCGUUAUGGGAGCAAAGAAGCGGCGACGCAAAGGAGUGUCGGAUGCGUCGGGUUACAGCAUGAGCAGCUCUUCCAUGUGGAGAAACGAGCAUCUCACUGUGCUGGACGAACGAUUCGAUCAGAUCCAACGCCAGUACGACUCUUCAGAUGAGGAGGAGGAACCUUCCCUGGACGACUUGGAUGAAGCCCCCGACCUCAUCGCUUCGCGCGCAGACUUUGAGUCCAUGAUGGACGAAUUUCUGGACAACUAUGAAGUGAUAGCAGGGAAGAUGCGCCCUACUCUCCCCGGCACUGCGACCGAGAAGCUUGAUACCGUACGAAAGGCUCUCGGAGAAGCCAAGCUUCGUGACAAUGAUGAGAGCGACACCGAAGACGACGAUAUCCUCAUGCCGUUGGAUAUCGACGAGAAGAAGGACCGGUGGGACUGCGAAACUAUCUUGACGACAUAUAGUAACCUCGAAAACCACCCGAGACUCAUUCGGGCUCGCAACGACAAGCCGGUUCCUAGGAUUCGUCUCGAUCCAAAGACCGGCCUGCCGUCUGUCGACCAAGAGCGUUCCACAACUGUCAAAGUCCUUUCGGAUUCGUCAGCUACUGACGAAGAAGAUGCGAAACUGGCGCGUGUCACCAUUACGCGGUCGAAGAAUGAGACGGCUGAGGAGAAGAAAUCACGGAAGCAAACCGUCAAGGCGGAACGCCAGGCUCGUCGCACAGACAAGAAAGCCACUAAGGAGCGCUUCUCCAAGGAGGUCAAACAACAAGCCCAGUCAUUGACGCAGAAGGAGCAAGCCAAGUUGCGUAAACUAUGA